AUGGAUGUUAAUUACCGUUGGAAAUGUUUCCUCUUCCAGCUUGUUCACCUAUGGAGUAUCUCUUCCGCGCAGAUUGUAUAUUCCAUUUCGGAGGAAUCAAGUCCGGGCACCGUUGUGGGACCUUUGGCGAGGGAUUUAAAUUUGGAUGUAUCCGAAUUAGAAAAUCGCGGGUUUCAAAUAUCUGGGCCAAAUAAGAGGUUUUUCGAUGCAAACGUGAAGACGGGCGUUUUAUCGGUGAGGGAUAGAAUAGAUAAGGAUGAGCUAUGCUCCCGAAGUGUGAAGUGUUUUUUAGAACUGGAAGCCAUUGUGAACUCGCCAUUGAAUCUAUACCGCUUUGAGGUUAAUGUUUUGGAUAUAAAUGAUAAUGCACCCUCUUUUCGGACAUCCAAGACAUAUUUGAAUGUAUCAGAAUCUGCGUUUUCAGGUGAGAGGUUUACAUUACCGAGUGCCUAUGACGCAGAUGUCGGUGCUAACGCAGUAAAGAGCUACAAGCUGAGCCCGAAUGAACAUUUCUCCCUAGAUGUACAGAGCGGAGGAGACCAGAGUGUGUCUGCUGAGUUAGUGCUGCAUAAAGCCUUGGAUAGAGAGAAACAGCCUGUUAUAAAGCUAACUCUGACCGCGGUAGACGGAGGAAAACCUCCAAGAUCAGGGACAUUACAGAUCAUUGUUAAUGUCCAGGAUGUUAAUGACAAUAUUCCCAUAUUUAGCAAAGCCCUUUAUAAAGCUAGAAUACCCGAGAACACACUAUACGAUGCUUCUGUUAUCACGGUUCAGGCUCAAGAUUCAGAUGAAGGGCUGAAUGGAGAAAUAAUAUACUCAUUCAUUAACCAUGACAAUGACAAAAGCUUUGACGUAUUUGCCAUAAAUUCAGCCACCGGCGAGAUCACAGUAAAAGGCCAGUUAGAUCACGAACAAAACAAUGCCAUUGAAAUUAGAGUCCAAGCUAAAGACAGAGGGCAAAACCCAAGAGCUUCUCAUUGUAAAGUAUUGGUAGAAAUUAUUGACGUGAAUGACAAUCCACCCGAGAUAUCAAUAACAUCUUUAGUUGACAUGGUAAGAGAGAAUGCAUUGUUAGGGACAAUGGUUGGUCUGAUAACUGUCAAAGACAAUGACGCUGAUAAAAAUGGCGCCAUACAGCUGAAUAUAGUUGGAUCUGUACCAUUUACAAUUAAGAACUCUUAUAAAAAUCAUUAUUCAUUAGUUGUAGACGGACCCCUUGACAGAGAGAGUGUUUCUCAACAUAACGUCACCGUUAUAGCUACAGAUGAAGGAACCCCGCCUCUCUCCAGCAUCAGCAUUAUUACUGUACAGGUUUCUGAUGUUAAUGACAACGCGCCACGCUUCUCAGAAUCACUGAUUAAUAUUUAUGUUAAAGAGAACAGUCCAGUCGGAGAUAUAAUUCAUACCCUAACUGCAAUUGAUCCAGAUUCAAAUGAAAAUGCAAAGACAGCUUACACAUUAUUAGACGGUGGACCAAAAACCUUUCCAAUAUCCUCAGCUAUCAAUAUAAAUUCAGAGACCGGUGACAUAGUCAGCCUGCAGUCUUUUAACUAUGAAGAGACAAAAACGUUUCAGUUCAAAGUUCAGGCCACAGACUCUGGUGUUCCUCCGCUCAGCAGCAACGUCACCGUGAACGUUUAUGUCCUGGAUGAAAAUGACAACAGUCCCGGGAUUCUCCCACCCUACGCUGAACACGGCUCUGUUAACUCUGAGAACAUUCCCUACUCUGCUGAAGCGGGCUAUUUUGUGGCCAAGAUCAGGGCUGUAGACGCAGACUCUGGCUACAAUGCGUUGCUUUCUUAUCACAUCUCUGAGCCCAAGGGAACCAACCUCUUCCGCAUCGGAACCAGCACAGGAGAGAUACGGACUAAGAGGAGAAUGGGUGACAAUGACCUGAAAAUUCACCCGAUGGUGGUGUUGGUUUCUGAUAACGGAGAGCCCUCACUGUCAGCCACGGUGUCUAUCGAUGUAGCUGUGGUUGAAAGCACAGGAGAAAUCAAGAUUCAAUUCAGACAUGUGCCGCUAAAAGAGGAGAGCUUCUCUGAUUUAAACUUGUAUUUGCUGAUCGCCAUUUCUUCGGUGUCAGUCGUAUUUCUACUGAGCCUCAUCAGUUUAAUAGCUGUAAAAUGCCACAAGACGGAAGACAGUUUCAAUAGAUACAGCCCCCCAAUGAUCACCACACACCCUGACGGAAGCUGGUCGUACUCUAAAUCUACUCAGCAGUAUGACGUGUGUUUCAGUUCAGACACAUUGAAGAGUGACGUAGUGGUGUUCCCUGCACCGUUUCCACCUGUGGAUGCGGAGUUGAUCAGUAUUAACGAAGGAGACACUUUUAACCGGACUCAGACAUUACCCAACAAAGACAAGGUAUGA